CAGGAUAAUCCUGCUGUAAUUCUUCAUUGUGAUAUUUACAGGAAGACUUUUGUAAGCUAUUUACAAGAAGGAAACUCUUCAGUUUCUCUAACUAGGGAAAUCGAAAGCUAAGAACACUGAUGGGAGGAGUCUCAAAACUGUUUUCUAACUCUCUCUCCCUAACAGAUAGCACAGUAUGAGGUAGCCAACGCUAGUCAGGUUUUUAAGUAACUCUCACCAGUGCCUUUUUCCCCCUUAUCUUUCCAAAUAGUUCCUUUUCUUCUGCCCUUCAGGAGAUUAUAACAUCCUGCAGUUAAAUCUCUAGAAUUUUACUCAUCUAUCUUCCUACUUUAUCAAAACAAGCAGUGAUUCCUGCUUUUCUGAAGGAGAUCUCAAGACUUAUACCAUUGUGGAAGAAGUUUCCAGUGAGGCUUAGACAUAACUUGAGAGAUGGCGAAUGAAUACAAGAAAAUUGUUCUACUGAAAGGAUUAGAGGCCAUCGAUGAUUAUCAUUUUAACAUAAUUAAGUCCUUAUUGAAAUCUGAUUUAAAAUUGACUAGAAAAAUGCAAGAAGAAUAUAACAGAAUUCAAAUUGCUGACUUGAUAGAAGAAAAAUUCCCAGGUUCUGCCAGUGUGGACAAACUAAUAGAACUGCUUAAAGAUAUACCAAAACUUGAAUGCCUUGUUGGAACACUUAAAAAUGAGAAAAUCAAAGUUAAAAGGAAAUAUAAAGCAAAAGGAACAGUGACAGUCCAAAAGAGCCCGCAGAAUCAAUCCACUACUGCUAAAUCUACAAACACUAUGAAUGAAGCUUUGGAAUCUGAAUCAGUCAAGGAUACUCCUGUGGUGAAGUUUCAGGAAAAGAAAAACAAAACCACAAAAACUCUUGAUUCCAAAAGGAUGAAGGUAUCCCACGGGGAGAGUCAGCUGCCAAAAACUGUAGAGGCCAGCAAACUCCAAACUGAAAACCAUCCUCAGACUACUCAUGCAUCUCCAUCAACCUCGUCCGACAGUUCUCUAACCGAGAAAAUGAAAGACACAGUCACCAAAACUGAUGACUCCAAAAGAAUGAUGCUAUCUCAUGGGCAGAGUCAGUGUCCACAAACUUCAGUGACAAGCCUACCCACAAUGAGGUGCCAUCCCCAUACUCCUCACAUACCUCCAUCAACUCCUUCCAGCAAUUUCUUAUCCAAGAAACGAAGAUUGAAGACUUUGCCUAAAGAAGCUUCCAGAGAAGAGGGUGUCCAGAGGGGCCCCAAAGAAGUGAUGGUGCUGAAUGCAACAGAGCCAUUUGCAUAUGGGGUCUCAGAUGAGGAGAGAAAGAUGUUUCAUGCCACAGUGGCUACCGAGAGUGAAUUCUUCCAAGUGAAGGUUUUUAAUGUCAACUUGAAGGAGAAGUUCAUCCCAAAGAGGGUGAUUGCCAUAUCAGAUUAUGUUGGCCGCAAUGGCUUCCUGGAAUUGUACAAUUUCUCAUCAGUGUCUUAUGUUAAUGCUGACCAAAAGAUGGAGGUCCCAAACCGCCUUAUUAGAAAUGCAAAUGCAACCCCUAAAAUCAAUCAUCUUUGCUUGCAAACUCCAGGAACAUCUGUGAAUGGGGUGUUUAUGGUGCAUAAGAAAACAGUGAGGGAUAAAUGCACAUUCUAUGAAAUACAAGAUAAUACUGGGAAGAUGGAAGUAGUUAUCUAUGGACGACUGACCAAAAUCAACUGUGAGAAAGGUGACAAACUUAAACUCAUCUGCUUUGAAUUGUCAUUAAGUGUGGAUAAGUAUCAGCUGAAAUCUGGCUUUCACAGUUUCAUCAAGGUCAUCAAGGCCAAGAAAAGCAAGAAACACCCACUCAAUCCUGAUUCAAAUAUGCAAACAUCACUAGAGUCCUCUUUCUAAAAAUCUUGAUGCUUUCAAUAAUGAUGUGUAUGGUGAUAAGACCUAUAAAUGGAAAAUACAUAUAUAUGAUUGAAAUUUGUCAACUAUUAAUUCUAGGUAAUGGUAUUAGAGGUUCUUUUAAUUUUCUUCUUUAUACUUUUUUUAUUGUCUAAAUACCAUAUUUGCAUCUGUAACUUUUUGCAUUUGUAACUUUUGAAAAAAAUAAAGAGCAUUUUAUUUUUUCCUAAA